AUUUUUGAAUACAAACUGUGUCGUACCUAUUAUAAUAUGUGCCGAAAUUAGUGUGAUGAUCUCAUUGAAUAGGUAGUUUUAAUUUUUAAAUAAUAAUCCAUUCAGACCAGUACUCAUAAAUUAAAAGUUGUGAUGGUUUAUCUUCUGAACGUAUGAAUAUAUUCAGUUCUAUUGUAUUGAAUAAACAAUGCAGCAGUCACCUUUCGACAACAUUUUUAAUAUUAUCGGUUUGUCCGAAGGCAAUGAGAAACCUAUGAAACACGGAUUUUACAAUGCAUUCGCUUUAUUCGUGUUGGCUAUAUGUUGCGCAGCUGUAUAUGUGUUAUUUCUAAUAUUAGAACCAUUUUUCAAACCACUAUUUUGGGCACUCCUAGUGGGCUCGCUCCUUCAUCCCUUUAAGUACAAAUUAUCUAAGAAAAUCAAGACAUGGAUAGAAAAUUUAGGGAAAACGAAUUCAUGUGUAAUAGUUGGCUUGUUAACUAUUCCAGUGAAUAUAGUUAAUUUUGCCUCUGAUACUGUUGGUUAUCAAUUUAGAGAACAUUAUAAGGCAAUUAUAGGACUACUAUCAGCAAUAUUUGUAUUACCAUGGCUAUACAAUGCAAUACCCAGAAGUCUCUGCUGCUUAUUUUGGCAGUUCACAGGCUUCAUCAACUUUUCCACAACACUGCUCAUCAGUUUAUGUACAUCAUACAUUACGCUAACAAUAGCACUUGCCUACAUAAUAAGUGUAUACACAUUAUGGAGCCCUGAAAGAGAGGGGAUAUUCAGAGUGACUUCUCAUAUCCUCUGGUUGGUUAUAGCCAGCUUUUUGGCCAGUUUAGCUGGAGCUUACAAAGUCUACAUGUUUGUGGUAUUGCAAAGCAUCUUUAUAACUGGAUUUGUGCUUGAAGUGUUACAUGUGCACAAAAUAAUGCUUAUGAAAGAUCCAGAAGCAUCGACAUUGUCUGCAAUACACAGCGUUCUAACAAAUGUUCAACAUGAUCAGCCUGAUGAGAAAGCCAAGGAUUGCAUACCAGAGGUUGACAGUGAAAAAGAGUCCACACCUGAUGAAUCUCCGUCUCCCAUAACUCCAGAUGCGGCCAAACGUGGCAGUUGGACUGGGAACGAACCUUCACAACAUUCCCCAAAACACGCCAAAAUGCUGUUCAAAACUCGAACACUAUCUGCACUCCCAUUAUCAAAUAUGAAAAUGAAGAGUGCAUUCGAAAAUCGCCUCCUAGCAUCUUUCAAACAACGAUCACUUGAUGAAAAUUACAUAAGAAAUAAUUUCUCAGAUGAUGAGACAGCUCUGUAUUUCAAACUUUUAUUCUUUGGUUGUUUCUGCAUGCUUGUAUGGAAACAUAUCUGGUUAUUGCCGAUCACACUAAUCUUUUUAGCAAUACACAUAAUUAAGAAUUUACUCAAUUUCUUUGGAGUAUGGUUAUUCUUUGAAAAUCAUUACAACAAUGUUACGGUUAAAAUAAACAAUUGGUGGAAUAAUAGACAAUCAGCUCUAAUACCCGGCCAAAUUAGAGGGAUUCGCAAAAUGCAAUCUAUUUGCAAUCAAAGUAUAAUUUCAAUGGCAUAUGAAUCUGUAGACACUGUUUCCAGUUGCAUUGUUAUUAUUGGCCUCAUUCUAUUUCUGACUGUAGCUACAGUAUUUAUAUGCAUACAGAUAUAUUCAGAAGCAAUAGUCGUUAUUCAACUUAGCGGGAGCCUUUUGAACAGUACAUUUGUCCAGAACAGCGCAUUGCAUGCGUAUUUACCUGAGGGUUGGGAGGACAAGCUCGAUUCUCUUAUUGAUAAUGCAUACACUUAUGGCAGGGAAGGAAUAUCUACCGGAGUAAAAAGCAUCCUAAAGGAAGGUGAUCCCGAAAAAAUUGCGCGUGUGGAACAGCAAGUGCUAGAAAUGUGGGAUCGGGUGUACCAAAGUUGGGUGUCGGGUCAUUUCGCAGCAACUGUUGGCCCACAAGUUGACAGCGCUGCUGUACAAGACUCGUGGGAUAACCUUGUUAGCGAUUUCACUCAAGCACCAGGCUUAUUCGACUACACGGGUAUAGUUAGUUGGGUGCAAGCCAACGUGGGUACAUUGAGUGCAAUCGCGAGCGGUAUCUGGGCGCCGCUAGCGAGCAACGUAUCCUUGCUUGCGGGAUCGUUGGGCGCUUUCACGUCAAUACUGUUCAGCGGUGGUGGAGCUAUUAUUAAUAUGAUUAUUAAUUUGGUAGUGUUUUUUACAACCCUUUUCUACCUUUUGGCGUCAAGCAACGCUCUUUACAAACCAGUGGAAGUCAUAACGAGAGUUCAACCCAACUUCGGUCCUAAACUCGGUAUUGCUUUGUCUGUUGCGAUUAAUCAGGUAUUCAGAGCGUCAUUCAAAAUGGCGUUGUUCUACGGUCUAUGGACGUGGUUGGUGCACAAUCUGUUUGGCGCCAAAGUUGUCUAUUUGCCUUCUGUGUUAGCGGCUGUGUUAGGUGCAGCGCCGUUUCUAGGUCCCUAUUUGGCGGGUAUACCUGCAGCGUUGGAUGUGUGGCUCCAAGGCAGACCGAUGGCGGCCUGUAUGCUACCGAUAGCUCAAGCGGCGCCCAUCGCUUUCCUUGAUGCCGCUGUAUAUGCUGAGAUUAAAGAUGGUGGUCACCCCUAUGUAACCGGUUUAGCAAUUGCCGGUGGUAUAUUCUACUUAGGGCCAGAAGGAGCUAUUUUAGGGCCACUGCUCCUCUGCUGCCUCAUGGUGGUACUCAACCUGUCUUCCUCCUUCCUGAGGGAUACUCCCGCGGAGGAAAGGGCUGCUUUACACUCUCGUGUCAGAUAUGGUGCUUAUCUUUAAAAUGCAUGAAGAACUAAUUGUGAGAUGGCCAGCUAUUAUUAUUGUCGUAUUGAGAUACAAGUCGUAGAUUUUUUACAUACAAUGUGAUUAGCGACCUUAUAAUAAAAUUACAUACUAAAACACAUAUGGCAGAUCUAUAGCUACUUUGUAAUCUAUGAAUAUAUUUUUUUUCUAAAAAUAAUCGGCAGGUUGAAUUUUUUACGCGGAUCAAAUCAUAUUAUUUAUUAUGCAAAGUGUUACACUUACUUCACUUUAAAAUGAUCUGCAAAAAAGAGAUUUUAACUCGACUCGUCAGCGAGAACGACAUUUUUCAUUAAGUUUUUUCGUAUAAAAAUCUAUAUAAUUAUAGUGCUUCUAUUGAUUUGAUUUAUUUAAUGUUAAAUUGUUGCAAUAUUAUAGUAUGGUUUAAUAUAACAACGCAGCUUUUACUGUCUAUGUACGUGGCAAUCAAAAGGAGGGAUUAAUUUUUAGUCUGGAAUUUCGCAGAUUAAUAUAAAAUGCAAAAGUUUAAUAAUACGAAUAAGACUUUUGAAACCAUAGAUAUAGAAAUAUGUACCUAACUGCGAACACACUAAGGCUAAUUUUAGCUAUUUUUAAAUUUUACAAACAAUAAAAACAUUCUCAAAAUGUUAAUAAUUAUUCAUAUUAUGUUCUUAUUAUGUAAUUAUUUUAAGUAAACUGUCUGAUAUUAUUUCUAGUCUUAUUUCAAUUAAAUGGAAUAUUAUAAAACAAAUAUUAUUCCUUCGUAAUUAUAAUAAAUUAAUAACGACACUUAACUGACGUAAAUAUAAAUAGAAUUCUAUUACUACUAAAGAAUUAAGUCAAUUACUUCACAUGUUAAAGACUCGGGUAUUACACCGGCUUCUAGUAAGGGUCUUAAAUCUUUACAAAUUUGCACAUACAUAUGCUAUAAAGUAUAAAGGUAUGUAUGUAAUAUAUCUAUAAUGUUUUUGAUAUUAGAUAAGAACUUUUUAUAUAUUGCAGAUUAAUAUGAUACAUUAUGUAAGUAUAUUAAAAUUAUAAAUAAUAAAAUUAUCUAUAAUUUAAAUCAGUGCCAAUAUUCUUCGGUGCUUUAUUGCGAUCUAUUGAUGUACG